GAGCAUCACAGAACGGCGAACCGCGUUGCCGAGCACACGAGCCCAGAGCCCAGAGUUCAGAGUCCAGAGCAAGAGAGUUGAAGCCAGUCAGACCCAGACCCAGGACCUAACGUUUCCCGUUUCCGUUUAGCGAGCAAGCAGCAGCAUCAGCAACAGCCACAGCAGGGUACAGCCAAUAAAACUGCACAAAUAAAACAGCAAUUGAACAGCAGACGCCGCAGCAACAACAACAACAACAACAGCCAUCACAAUGUCGAUCUCCGAUUUUCGCAAAAAGAAGCUGCUGUUCCUGUUCAACGUGUUCUUUGAUGUGAACCAAAGCGGGGAAAUCGACGUAAAGGACUUCGAAAUGGCCAUCGAGCGCGUUUGCAAGCUGCGCGGCUGGGCUAAGGACACGCCAAAGAACAAGGAGACCUACGACUUGAUGAUGGAAAUUUGGACUGGUCUGCGAUCGAAGGCGGACAAGGAUAACGAUGGACAGGUCAGCGUGGACGAGUGGUGCAACAUGUGGGACGCCUACGCCAAGGAUCCGAGCAGCGUGAUGGACUGGCAGAAUGCCUACAUGAACUUCAUGUUCGAUCUGGAGGAUGCCUCCCAUGAUGGCGGCAUCGAUGUCACCGAAUUCACGCUGGUCUGCUCCAGCUAUGGCCUGGAGAAGAACGAGUGCGAGGAGGCCUUCAGCAAGAUGGCCCAGGGCCAGACCGACGUCACUCGCGAGCAGUUUGCCGCCUUGUGGAAGGAGUACUUUGCCGCCGAGGACAUCAAUGCGCCAGGCAACUUCAUCUUUGGCAAGACCAACUUUUAGGCCACUUCAAAAUCCAGAGACCGAGACGGAGACCGA